AGGACAUGCGCAUUCUUUGCGGACGUAGCCGGUGUAUCAUGGCGACAUAUGUGGAUAUUCUGAGGAGUGAGUUUCCAGAAAUCGAUACAGAAGUCUUCGAUUAUAUCAUUGGUGUGUUGGACUGUGGCGGGGCGGAUUUUGAAGAUGAGGAGGAGGUCUUCGAGGCAAUCGGGGGCGUCUUGCAGGAGGUGUCCGCUGACUGCAAGAACGAGGAAGACAUCCGCGACAUCUGCCUCCAGAUGUUCAACACACUGCAGCUGAAUAACUGCCACACUCCUCAGAAGCAGGUCCUUCUCGAUGCUCCAGUACAACUGUCUCAGAUCUCUGCAGGAUACGUCAGUGCGGCAAACAACGUCCAGGGCAUCUGGCAGCUGAAGAGGGGUCAGAGCUCGACGGUGGACACGAGGAAGCUGGAGAAGGCCGAGGCCAAACUGAAGGCCAAACACGAGAGGAGGAACGAGCGCGAUUCACAGAAAACAUCCAGCCCACUAGUCCUGGAAGAGGCGUCGGCUAGCCAGGCUAGCAGCAAGAAGGAUAACCGCGUGGACUCGUCGGGGAAGAACCGCAGCUACGAUGUGCGAAUUGAGAACUUCGACGUGUCGUUCGGCGAGCGGUCCCUCCUCCAGGCGGCCGAGCUGACGCUGACGAGCGGCCGGCGCUACGGCCUGAUUGGCCGGAACGGGCUGGGCAAGACCACGCUGCUGAAGAUGCUGGCGAGCCGCAGCCUGCACGUGCCCGCCCACAUCUCCAUCCUGCACGUGGAGCAGGAGGUGGAGGGCGACGACACGCACGCCCUGCAGAGCGUGCUGGAGAGCGACACCGUGAGGGAGGGGCUGCUCGCCGAGGAGCGCCGGCUCAACGCCUGCAUCGCCGCCGGGACAGCCGACGGGAUGGAGAGCGUGCGUCUGUCGGAGAUCUACGCCAAGCUGGAGGAGAUCGAGGCAGACAAAGCGCCGGCCAGAGCAUCCGUCAUCCUGGCAGGUUUGGGCUUCUCUCCCAGAAUGCAACAGCAGACGACCAAGGAGUUCUCGGGAGGCUGGAGGAUGAGGUUAGCGUUAGCUCGAGCGCUCUUCGCCCGGCCUGACCUGUUGUUACUUGAUGAGCCUACCAACAUGCUGGAUGUGAGAGCCAUUCUUUGGCUGGAGAAUUAUCUGCAGACAUGGCAGUCCACCAUCCUUGUGGUGUCCCACGACCGGAACUUCCUGAACGCCGUGGUAACCGACAUCGUCCACCUGCACUCUCAGCGGCUGGAGAGUUACCGUGGCAACUACGAGAACUUUGUGAAGACCAAGGAGGACCGCCUGAAGAACCAGCACAGAGAGUACGAGGCUCAGCUGCAGUACAGGGAACACAUUCAGGUGUUUAUUGACAGGUUCCGGUACAACGCUAACAGAGCCGCGCAGGUGCAGAGCAAGCUCAAACUGUUGGAGAAACUGCCAGAACUCAAACCCAUCGAAAAGGAAUCCGAAGUCACGUUAAAGCUCCCGGAUCACUUUGAGAAGUUGUCCCCGCCGGUGCUGCAGCUGGACGAGGUGGAGUUCUACUACAGUCCGGACCAGCCGAUCUUCAACGGUCUCUGUCUGUCCGGUGACCUGGAGUCCCGCAUCUGCAUCGUUGGGGAGAAUGGAGCAGGGAAGACAACUUUACUGAAGCUGCUCAUGGGGGACCUGACCCCCAUUAGCGGGAUUCGACACGCCCACAGGAACCUGAAGAUUGGCUAUUUCAGCCAGCAUCACGUAGACCAGCUGGACCUCAAUGUGUGUUCAGUGGAGCUGCUACUCAACAAGUUCCCAGGCCGACCGGAGGAGGAGUACAGGCACCAGCUGGGUCGGUAUGGGGUUACGGGGGAGCUGGCUACGCGGCCGGUGGCCAGUCUGUCUGGAGGACAGAAGAGCAGGGUGGCCUUCGCCCAGAUGACCAUGCCCUGCCCAAAUUUCUACGUCCUGGAUGAGCCGACCAAUCACCUGGACAUGGAGACGAUCGAGGCCCUGGCUAAAGCGCUCAACGGUUUCAAGGGCGGCGUGGUGCUGGUCUCUCACGACGAGCGGAUGAUCCGGCUGGUGUGCCGGGAGCUGUGGGUGUGCGAGACGGGCAAGGUGAGGCGCGUGGAGGGCGGGUUUGACGAGUACCGGGACGUCCUGGAAGAGCAAUUCCGCAAGGAGGGCUACCUGUGAGCCUGCCCUCCUACCGCCCGCCCGCGGCGGCACGUCCGCCGCCCGCGCGGAGCGUCUCCGUAGAAUACCGCACGAAUUAAUCAACGAAUGAAUACAUGAAAACUGCCAACAGCACUACAGCCACGACUAUCCCGAAUCGAUCUCGCCAGCAACUGAAACGCCUCAGAAGAGCCGUGUGCGUGCGGCUAACCUGAACCUGACUGCCAACCCUCGGCUACGACUGUCAACUCGAACCUCACCUGAAAUCCGGCCGCAGUUCAGCUCAGAUUGUGCUCCUCCCGUCAAGCAAUUCAUCACAACAACCCCCCCCCACCCCCCCCCCCCCCCACCCCCCCCGCCUCAGUAAUGUGGUUUGGCCUUAGUUCACUCAGAACAUCUGGGGGGGUAAGGACCAUUCUGUGACAGAUCGGGGUGGGAGUCGUCACAGUGCAUGUGGAUCUCCCUAGGAAGACGGACAGCAGUGGGCUAAAAUCAAGCUUGGUUUAAGCGUUAUUAGAGAACUGUGAUCCUUUGUGUGUAUAUACAAGGAGGGGUAGGUGUGGGGGUUUAAGGGUGUGUGUGUGUGUGUGUGUGUGUGUGUGUGUGUGUGUGUGUGUGUGUGUGUGUGUGUGUGUGUGUGUGUGUGUGUGUGUGUGUGUGUGUGUGUGUGUGUGUGUGUGUGUGUGUGUGUGUGUGUGUGGGGGAUUUCCGUUAAAUUGUAUUACCUGGGGUAGAGCUUAUUGUGUUCUGUCCCUCCUUAAACUGACAGUAUUCUGGCCUAGUAUGCAAGGCUACUAUGAUGUUGUAAUAACUGGCAUAACGUUCUCAUAACAUUGUAAGGAUGUUGAGAAUGUUUUCCUAUUCUAAUUCCUGGGAUGCCCACCUUAUGUUGAAAUGAGCCCCCCCACCCCCACUACAAAAAAAACUAUGCAGGAGUAAAACUGGUAUAUCAACAUUUAAGGAGAGCAGAAAUAAACGUGGGGUUCACAUAUUCUGAGGCUGUAACUUAUAAAUACCUGAUUUAAAUGUUCUCAAUAACAGUGCGAAUAAAUGCGUACCAAGAACGA